AAAAGAAGAGAGAAUAUGAAUUGCAUUUCCGAUUUCAGCGGCAGUUUUAUUGGACAUUUUCAUUUUCAGCUACGAGACGGGAUAUCCCAUCUUAUUACCGGAUGUCAAAGGAGAAGCGCUAUUUAAGUAACAAUCAAUCGGUUACAUAAAAUAUUCUUUCAUUAGACCAGAAACGGACGCAGGAAAAUGAUGUUAAAUGCUCUAGUUAAGUCCAGGAUUCUGUGUUCGUAAACAAAAACAAUCGUUCUCUUUGUCUUUUUUUCUAUUGUGCUGCCAAGAUUCAUAACAAAAAGAUAUUCGAUAAUUAUUUAUUUUGUUGUGGAUAUUGAUAAUAAAUCGCUCAGCUUUACUAGCAGACGAUAUUUGGAUAUUGAUAAUAAAUCAGGCAACUUUAUUCUCAGGCGUUUUUCUACAUUAAGGUGCUCUAAGGCAGCAUGGAAUGCAGCCUAAUCAGUCUUGCACGUUUUAUCUACAUAAUUCUGUGCGUAGCUGUUGCAGUUCUUCGAGUGUCUUCAGAAACAGACAGUUUUGAAAUAUGGUCAAAUGACAAUGACACUUCAAAUGCGUUUUACCAUUCUUUACCAUCACUGAGUGACUUGCAAAAUGCAACGACGAGUGAAAGUGAAGUUCCAUCGACUGACACUAACCAAAACUUUACAAAUGUUGAAAAUACAGAUGCCAACAUAAAAAAGCAAGACAUUGAAACAAAUGAUGAGAGUUUCAAUCAUCACCAACGAGGAGCAUUCUAUUAUGCUUCAAGCAGCGACGCGCGCCAAGAAAAUACUAGUGUACAUAUAUUUAUAAAAAGUGACGAAUCUUCUGAAAAAAGUAACACUAAAGUGAAUUCUGCAAAGAACACAAAUAAUUUAACAACUAAAGAUGGUAAAUUAUGUGUUGGAGAGUGUUUGGAGAAGACAGUUAAGUAUUCUAAGAAAGAUUCUCUACUUAAUAAUAGAAUAUCGAAAGUGGACCAAAAAGAUGUCAACAAAAGGAUCAACGAUCGACCUGUUGAUAUGGAAUCAUCACAGAAACGCUUCUCUGUAACUGAAUCAAGCAACGAUUCAUCUGUCAUACACGAAGAUUAUUAUGACCAGAUAUAUUCCGAUAAUUCUAGUGAUAAAAAACUGACAGAUGAUUCAUUUCAAAAUGAUUCAGUGCAAUUAUCUAAACAAAACUCAUCAGAAACAUUCACUGGUGGUUCCGGGCCUAUAAUGUUCAGAAGUCGAUCUUUCAACGAAGAAGAUGAUUUUCUAGAAAUGUCUUCCGUGGAAAGCAAACCCCAACCAUCACACAUGAAAAACUCUUUUGAAAGAUUUAGUGACAGUGGUACAGAUUCUGAAUCAUAUUAUCCGCCAUCUGGCAUCCAAGGAAGGCGUUCGCGUUCAGAUGGGAGUUCUGAAAAUAUUCCACCACCAACAGCCAAUGGUAUCAACAGGAGAACUGGUGGUGCAUCUCGAGUUCCUCUCCUCCCCGUGUUUCCGAUACCUCAAAAUAAUACUUCCAAAGAGAACAUUGAAGAAAAGAAUGCAACAGCUAAUCAGUUGACAGAAAUCAUUAACCAAUUAAGGCAAGCACGAGCUGCUGGCGUGAAGUUCACAGAUGAAAAUUCAAAUCAACAGGAUUGCCGGACUCCCGACGGAUCUGCAGGAACAUGCACACCUUUACCGGAAUGUCGACCUGUUAUGGAAACUAUUAGGUCGCAGAUGCCUGUAAUUUGCCGUUGGAUAAGAGACAUGCCAGUUGUUUGUUGCCCUAACCCGACUCUCUCUAGAAAAUUCGAUAUUCCAGGCUGCGGUACUAGAACAAUUCGAGGAUUAAAUCGAAUAGCGAGGCAAGUUGCACGAACAAUUCCUCUCGAAUUCGGCGUCUCAUCCGAUAAAAGACCUUCGGUUGCUGGAGGAGAGGAAUCCCAACUUGGAGCAUGGCCUUGGAUGGCCGGCAUUUACACAAGGAAUUUUGGCAUCGAAAACUUUUUAUGUGGAGCUGCCAUCAUUAAUAAGUGGCAUGUAGUGACUGCAGCGCAUUGUUUCCGUACAAGAGGAGGCGCCCGUGUUCUUCCAACCCGCUAUACAGUCCGAGUGGGUAGCAUCAAAGUUCUGGAAGGAACUCAGCAUCUCAUUGACUCCAUCAUCAUUCAUCCGCAAUAUUUGCCUCGAGAACAUUACAAUGACAUCGCUGUCGUCCGACUCAAGGAGCCCAUCAACUUCGAAAGCAAUGUCCGGCCCAUCUGCCUGCCCACUUCACCGGAAAUCCGACGCAAGCAGUUGCUGGGCAAAGAGGUCACUGUCACUGGAUGGGGAGAUCAGGAUUUUGGAGGAAAACGUGCCACAAUCCUUCGUGAAGUGACUGUCAAAGUUAUAAAUAUAUCGUCAUGUGACAAAUCAUACGAGCCGGUAAGAGGAUCUACACUCCCAAGGGGAAUCACACGUCAGUUCAUUUGUGCUGGAGUACCAGAAGGCGGGAAAGAUGCGUGCCAGCGUGAUUCUGGAGGUCCAUUGAUGCUGCUAGAAAAUUCCGUAUGGAUUUUAGUAGGUGUUGUUUCUUUUGGAUUUCAGUGUGCUAAAGCAGAAUAUCCUGGAGUUUACACAAGGGUGACCGAUUAUUUGGACUGGUUGGAAGAAGUGGCUUCUGAGACUUAAUAAUGUGCAACAACCAUGGUGUUUGAAACAGAAGAGAAGAUUUUCAAAAAGAAUUCAUUUGGCAACUAAUUCUGCUGAAAAGAAAAUCAAGUUAACAGGGUGCGUAGUGAGAAACUGCUGCAAAAAUUAAGUACUUUUAAGCACUUUUUAAGCAUCUUAGGCUCCAAAAUUAAGCACCUUUGUAUAAGUAUGCAUGUAUAAACUGCAUAUUUUCUAAGCAUAGUAUUUUUUUUUUUCUGUUUAAAUGCAUAAUUUUUAUCAAAAAAAAAUUCUUAAAAAUUAAUUUUAAAUGCUUAUUUUUUGGCGCGUCAAAUUCGUCCUGCUCUUUUCAUAUUUUCCGUUGAUCGGACCAUAUCUCAUAUUCUUCUUUCGGAACACAUAAAUAUUUAAAUAUAUUCCUAUCAAGCAUAACUUAAAUAAAUUCUUCAACGUCUAAAACAUUAAGAAUCGAAUGUUUUCCGAUUUGCAAUAGAUAUGACAUUUUGUAAUGCCCCUUCCAGAUAACUAUUCCAGUAUUUUCAUAAAUGGCAAUCCACAUUGUUGAAGAAAAAGGGGGGGGGAGGAAAGAAAGAAAAGAAGGGAGGGGACAUUAACCGUCAUCUUACUACGUGCUGGAAACCUUAGAAUGCUUCCCCUUUGUUGGUUUUCUUUUUUGAUACAUCUAGUAAACAAGCCUUUAUGAUCAUGAUUUCGAAAUAUCAUAUUCAAAUUAUGGUUAAUAAAAACAAAAACAAAAGCUUUCUUCGUCUUCACGGGAAAAUUAAGCACUUUUAAGUUGCUUAAAAAUAGUUUUCAAAUUUAAGCACUUUUCAUGACGCUACGCACCUUGUAGUACUAAUAAAAGCUAGUUUUCCAAAUACAAGAUCUUAAGGAGAAUUAUUGGAAUGUUUUGCUUAUAGUUUUAAUUCAAACUGAAAUAAUUAUAUAUUAGUCAUUUGAAGUAAAAAUAUGAAUCUUUGCAAAUGAUUCAUUCCAAGUAUACAAGUUGAAUGUUUUUAUAUCUAUCGAUUUUCAGUGACAAUAAUUAGAAAAAUAAAAACUGAUCACUAAAAUUAAAAAUAUCCAACAUUAUAAUUUUUUAUUAAUUUGUCUCAACUAGAUAAUAAUGUAGUGAAAACAUGUUUACUGAAAUUAAAGGAUUAUUUAAAAUUAAUGUUACAAAUUGAAAUUAAGCCAUUUAUUUAACACUAAUUACAUGAAAUAAUUAACUUAGUCUGAAAAUUAUGAGGGCACUAAUUAGCUUUUGUAAUUGUAAUUGAAUAAAAUUGCAUACUUCACAUAAACAAAAUCUCAUUUCAUUCUACCAUUUUAUUAACUAUUAUAGAUAUAAUUAUCAUUCUUAUUUCUUGAGUUUGCAAUGAUAGUAAGAGCUUCUGCAAAAGACAACCUCAACAAAUAAUCAUUCAUCUAGCAUAGCAGUAGUUGUUACAACAUUCGUAUAACUCAAUCCAACAAUUAUGCUAUAUUACCUCCAAACUUCUUUUUAUAAGAUAUCUAUUUUUCUUAUAAUAAUGAAAUGUUAAAUUUAAUGCAAGUUAUCAUACUCAUCAAAUCUCUGUAAAUUCUCAUGACAUUGUUUAUGUAUAUUUUUGAUUUGUAAAUAAAUUUGUUUCACCUUA